AUGUCAGGAAAAUUUACUGGAUUAAUUGCACGGAUUAGAAAUAUCAUACCAUCAGUCACAUGGCAUCAUUGUUGCAUUCAUCGCGAAGCCAUAGUUUCUAAAAAAAUACCAAUACAUUUGAAAACAGUUUUGGACGAUGCUGUAAAAAUUGUGAACUUUAUAAAAGCAAAAUCAUUGAAUUCAAGAAUUUUUGAACAACUUUGCAAAGACAUGGAUAGUGAACAUUAUCAACUUCUGUUGCAUUCUGAAAUUCGUUGGUUAUCUCGAGGUAAAGUGCUCUCUCGUCUAUUUGAAUUGAAAGAUGAGGUAAGAUUAUUUUUUAUCGAACAUAAAUCAUUUUCGUUGAGUGAACGCGUGAAUGAUUAUUCUUGGUUGGUUACUUUAGCAUAUCUAUCAGAUAUAUUUACUCAUUUAAACGCACUUAAUUUAAGUCUUCAAGGAACACAUAUUACAAUUUUCAAAGUUGAAGAUAAGAUUGAAGCGAUGAUUAAAAAGUUGGAACUGUGGAGUCUUCGGCUGUCAAAGAAGAAUUACGAUCCAUUUCCAAAUCUCAAAAAUUUUAUUGAAUCAACUGAAGAAGAAUUGUCAGAUAAAGAUUCUAAAUAUUUCAUACAACACAUGGGUGAUAUGCAACGUAGCUUCCGUGAUUACUUUCCUGUUCCAGAUAUAAGUAGAAAUUGGAUUCGACAACCUUUUGAAAUUGAUAUUCAUCAAAUAAAUGGACUGACAUCAUUGGAAGAAGAUAGCCUUGUAGAAAUGUCUACAGAUACUAAUUUAAAAAUGCAGUUCAAUCAAAAGUCAUUAGAACAUUUUUGGUUGCAUGUUCGAAAGGAUUAUCCACAAUUAUCGAGUAAAGCUCUGAAAGUUUUGAUUCCAUUUCCCACAACUUAUUUAUGUGAAAAAGCAUUCUCCGCCCUCGUUUAUACUAAGAAUAAGUUUCGAAACCGAAUAGAAAACGUAGAAUCUGAACUACGAUUAAAGCUUUCGAGUAUUGAGCCCGAUGUUCAAAAACUCGUAACUGAAAUGCAACAUCAACCAUUAACACUUAUUAAUUAA